AACUCCUCGAACUUAGAUCCUAGUAAGUUGUAUUGUUCCAUGUUUUUAAUUCAUGUUUAUAGUAAUCUUUAAUUUCGCCACUUUCUUUGAAAUUAUCGUCAUUCUGAUUUCACUCAUAUACAAGCCAAUUUUCUCUUUGCCCCUUCCCUAGAGGUUUCUUUUUUCAGCUUAAUUUAAUUUCUCUCUCAAAGUUUUCAUUUUUAUGGCAUUUCCAUAACCCCUCUUGCCCAAAAAACGGAUCUUUCUUCUGCCCAUUUGAUAACAACAACUAGUUUGACAGUUUUGAUAUUUUUAUUGUGCAUUGAGUUACUUGGGUUGAGAAAAUGAAUGAGCUUGAAAAGGAAGAAGCUGUUUUUGAAAUUGGGGUGGUGAUUCCAAGGAGGAUCAUACAGGAAAAAGAUGAAUCCUCUGACUGUGCUUGUGUUCUUGUUGAGGAAUUCAAGAAGGUGGGGUUUGUAGUUGAGAGAGUUGUUGGCAUUGCAGAUGAGUUCAUUAAGUUGGCUGCACCUUUGGAGACAUUAGGGAGAACUGCAGCUGAACUACAAAUCAAGAAAAGGACUCAUAUAGGUAUGGAUUUACAAUUUGAGGUGGAGGAAGUUGAAGCUUUUGUAAAACAGCCUGAUGGUUCUGUUUUCAGCUGGUGUGAGCGUUUUCAUUGCUACUGUCACUUGAUAUAUGGAAUAGUAAACAAUAGCAAUUCAACGAUAACGCUUAAAUUUGAUGGGAAGGAAAUCUAUUGGGAAACUGGGGAGAAUCUGAUUCAAAAAUUGGAAUCGGAGAACAUUGUUAAGCAAGUCUUCCCUUUGCACGAUGAAAAGACGAGAAAGAAACUUCUCAGGACUUGGGCUCUUCACUGGUGGGACCUCACGAGUCAGCCGAUCGACGAAAUUUAUUCAUAUUAUGGAGCAAAGAUUGCAAUAUAUUUUGCUUUUCUUGGAAUGUACACGCGGUGGCUAUUCUUCCUCGCUGCAUUUGGUCUUAUAUUGCAAUUAAUUGAUCUUAGGUCAACGAAAUUAGUAGUGCUUCCUGUUUUCUUCGUCGUAGUGAUACUUUGGGCUGUAAUGUUUUGUCAGUUCUGGAAACGUAAAAAUUCAGCACUUUUAGCCAGAUGGCCUCUUAGCUUUGCAGCUGUCGCUGAUCCGGGAUACAAGAUUCCAGGAAGGAGAGACAGUUCCCUACAGCCGCCAAUGGAACUCCUUAAAAUAUUUGAGACUGAUAGAGCAAAAGGGAAGAAAGUAUUCCAGAGACAUGAGUGGUUAGGGCGUUUUAUGCGAUUCAGAAACGAUGCUUUCAUUAUCUUCAGCAUAAUAUGUCUCCAGUUACCUUUUGAGUUAGCAUACGCACAUCUUUAUGAAGUCAUUGGGUCCGAUACAAUUAAGUUUGGGCUCACUGCUGUUUACCUUUUUGCCAUUCAAUAUAUCACUAAAAUUGGAGGGCGGGUAUCUGUCAGACUUAUCAAAAAUGAAAACAACGAAAACACAGAAAAACGUGCUGAUAGCUUGGUCUACAAGGUGUUUGGUCUGUAUUUUAUGCAGACAUACAUUGGAAUUUUUUAUCAUGCCUUGUUGCACCGUAACUUCUCAACUCUUCGUAAAGUUUUGAUUCAGCGACUCCUUCUGUCUGAGGUGUUGGAAAACUUGGUGGAAAAUUCGUUGCCUUAUCUCAAAUACAGCUAUAAAAAGUACAGUGUUAGACACAAGAAGAAGAGAGAGAAAGGAGAAUCGACCGACAGAAUUCAAUUUAGCUCUAGAGUGGAGAAAGAAUACCUCAAACCUUCUUACUCUGCCAGCAUCGGCGAGGAGCUUGAAGAUGGGUUAUUUGAUGAUUUCUUAGAGUUGGCAUUGCAGUUUGGAAUGAUUUUGAUGUUCGCUUGUGCAUUCCCACCUGCAUUUGCUUUUGCUACCGUGAACAACUUAAUGGAAAUCAGAACAGAUGCCCUGAAGCUGCUAGCCAUUUUGAGACGUCCUGUUCCUCGUGCCGCUGCAACCGUAGGAGCCUGGCUUAACAUAUUUCAGUUUCUCAUAUUGAUGUCAAUCUGCACCAACUGUGCUCUUUUAGUAUGGCUAUAUGAUGAGGAAGGAAAAUGGAAAGUAGAACCUGGACUUGCAGCAAUUUUAAUCAUGGAACAUGUCCUUUUGUUGAUUAAGUUCGGCUUCUCUCGCUUGGUUCCCGAGGAACCUGCUUGGGUGAGAGCGAACCGAGCGAAACACACUACACAGGCGCAGGAUUUAUGUUCUAAGAAGCUUUUAAGAACAAUCUCUGGAGGAGAAAGGAACUUAGGAGAGAUGAAGGUGAAGAGGCUGUAGUUACAGUGAAGCUUUUUCAGUUUUUUGAGUCUCACUUUUUUGAUACUCCAGCAAGAGAUAAAGAAAGCUUAAGCUGGAUUUUUAUUUUUGUUUUCUCUAUUUUCUAUACGAGAAAUGUAUAUCGAAAACAUCGAUUUCUUUUGCAGUAAAUGUAAAUAUAGAAACUACUAAUGACUUGAAGUUUUUUGAAAUAUAGAAAGAACAUAAUACAAACUCAUUCUGCAGAA